GUGGGGUGGCGGGAGCGGAGCGGCAUGGCCACGGCGGCUUCUAACCCCUACCUGCCGGGGAACAGCCUGCUGGCGGCCGGCUCCAUUGUACACUCGGACGCGGCGGGAGCCGGCGGCGGCGGGGGCGGCGGCGGCGGGGGCGGCGGCGGCGGCGCGGGCGGCGGCGGGGGAGGCAUGCAGCCCGGCAGCGCCGCCGUGACCUCAGGCGCCUACCGAGGGGACCCGUCCUCCGUCAAGAUGGUCCAGAGCGACUUCAUGCAGGGGGCCAUGGCCGCCAGCAACGGCGGCCAUAUGCUAAGCCACGCGCAUCAGUGGGUCACGGCCCUACCCCACGCCGCCGCCGCCGCCGCCGCCGCCGCCGCCGCCGCCGUGGAGGCCAGCUCGCCGUGGUCCGGCAGCGCCGUGGGCAUGGCCGGCAGCCCCCAGCAACCGCCGCAGCCGCCGCCGCCGCCGCCGCCGCAGGGCCCCGACGUAAAGGGCGGCUCCGGUCGCGACGACCUGCACGCGGGCACCGCGCUGCACCACCGCGGGCCGCCGCACCUCGGGCCCCCGCCGCCGCCCCCGCACCAGGGCCACCCGGGGGGCUGGGGGGCCGCCGCCGCCGCAGCCGCCGCCGCCGCCGCCGCCGCAGCCGCCGCACACCUCCCGUCCAUGGCCGGGGGCCAGCAGCCGCCGCCGCAGAGUCUGCUCUACUCGCAGCCCGGGGGCUUCACGGUGAACGGCAUGCUGAGCGCGCCCCCGGGCCCGGGCGGCGGCGGCGGCGGCGCGGGCGGCGGCGCCCAGAGCCUGGUGCACCCGGGGCUGGUGCGCGGGGACACGCCCGAGCUGGCCGAGCACCACCACCACCACCACCACCACGGGCACCCGCACCCGCCGCACCCGCACCACGCGCAGGGGCCUCCGCACCACGGCGGCGGCGGCGCGGGGCCCGGGCUCAACAGUCACGACCCGCACUCGGACGAGGACACACCGACGUCGGACGACCUGGAGCAGUUCGCCAAGCAGUUCAAGCAGCGGCGCAUUAAACUCGGCUUCACGCAGGCCGACGUGGGGCUGGCUCUGGGCACGCUGUACGGCAACGUGUUCUCGCAAACCACCAUCUGCCGCUUCGAGGCCCUGCAGCUGAGCUUCAAGAACAUGUGCAAGCUCAAGCCGCUGCUGAACAAGUGGCUGGAGGAGGCGGACUCGAGCACCGGCAGCCCCACGAGCAUCGACAAGAUCGCGGCGCAGGGCCGCAAGCGCAAGAAGCGGACCUCCAUAGAGGUGAGCGUCAAGGGCGCGCUCGAGAGCCACUUCCUCAAGUGCCCCAAGCCCUCCGCGCAGGAGAUCACCAACCUGGCCGACAGCCUGCAGCUGGAGAAGGAGGUGGUGCGGGUCUGGUUCUGCAACCGGCGCCAAAAGGAGAAGCGCAUGACGCCGCCCGGGAUCCAACAGCAGACGCCCGACGACGUCUACUCGCAGGUGGGCACCGUGAGCGCCGACACGCCGCCGCCGCACCACGGACUGCAGACGAGCGUGCAGUGAAGGCAAGGGGCGCAG